CGUGUGUGUGAGCAGCAGAGUUUGAGCUUUCAGUGGAAACUGCGCUUUUGUGUUUCUCCUCAGUUUAAUUGCUGUUAAUUAAUUAGCGUGAUGUCAUUACAACGGUUUUCAGAAGCCGAGACGCGACAGAAGCUGCUGCGCAACGUCAAGAAGGAGGUAAAGCAGAUCAUGGAGGAAGCAGUCACGCGGAAGUUUGUACACGAAGACAGCAGUCAUAUCGUCUCCUUCUGCGCUGCUGUGGAAGCAUGUAUGUUACACUGCCUGAAGCGGAGAGCUGCUGGGUUUUUGCGCAGCAACAAAGUAGCAGCUUUGUUCACCAAAGUGGGGAAGAGUUUUGCUCCGGCUGAGCAGCUCUGCCGCAAAGCUCAGGAACUGGAGCAACUGCUGGAGAGCAAAAGAGCUCCGAUGGGCUCGUACAGUGAGACAGCUCGUAAAUUACCCCUACGACUCCCCAACCUCUCGUCGCAGGCCGCACGGCACCUCUGGAUCCGCACAGCUCUCAUCGAAAAAGUCCUCGACAAGAUCGUCCUGUACCUGGUGGAGAACAGCAGUAAGUAUUAUGAAAAGGAGGCAGUGCUCAUGGACCCGGUGGACGGCCCCAUCCUCGCCUCUCUGUUAGUGGGUCCGUGUGCGUUGGAGUACACUAAGAUGAAGACGGCUGAUCAUUUCUGGACGGAUCCCUCGGCAGACGAGUUGGUGCAGAGACACAAGAUUCACAGUGCGCACUACAGACAGGACUCACCCACUAAGAGACCCGCGCUGUGUAUCCAGAAGAGACACUCCAGCAGUAGUAUCGAUGAGCGUCCAUCUCCGUCUCCCUCGGCGAGGGACUAUGUGGAGUCGCUGCACCAGAACUCCAGAGCAACACUGCUGUUUGGCAAGAACAACGUGCUCGUACAGCCGAGAGACGACAUGGAGGCGAUCCCAGGAUACCUGUCACUGCACCAGACGGCCGACACCAUGGCGCUCAAGUGGACGCCCAAUCAGCUGAUGAACGGCUCUGUAGGAGAUCUGGAGUACGAGAGGAGUGUGUAUUGGGACUACGCCAUGACCAUCCGCCUGGAGGAGAUUGUUUAUUUACAUUGUCAUCAGCAGGUGGACAGUGGUGGCACAGUCGUUCUCGUAAACCAGGAUGGUAUCCAGAGGCCUCCUUUGCGUUUUCCACAAGGCGGCCAUCUCCUGCAGUUCCUGUCGUGCCUGGAGAACGGCCUGCUGCCUCACGGUCAGCUCGACCCGCCGCUCUGGUCCCAGAGAGGGAAGGGUAAAGUGUUUCCUAAACUGAAGAAGAGAGGAACUCAGGGAUCAGUGGACUCCGUCUCAGAUAAGGAGGAGGACGAAGCCACCGAUUACGUCUUUCGCAUCAUCUUCCCCAACAGCCACUCUGAGCUCGCUAGUUCAGAGCUGAUGGAGCAGGGAGUAAACAUCUGGCAGCCGACACGGAGGAAGUCCUCAUGUCCUCAGGCCAGCUCCUCCGAUGGGGUGUCGCCAAACGGCUGCAACCACGAGAGAGCUCCUCUGAAGCUGCUGUGUGACAACAUGAAGUAUCAGAUCAUCUCCAGAGCAUUCUAUGGCUGGUUGGCAUAUUGCCGUCACCUGUCCACCGUGCGCACACACCUCUCCGCUCUCGUCAAUCAUACCAUCGUGAUGCCUGAUGUGCCGUGCGACGCGUACGGAGGUCUCACUACACCGGUGUGGCACAAGUUCCUGCAGGACUGCAACUGUUUCUCGGUAAAGGCGCAUGACGAGCAGGAGCUCUGGCGGUUGGUGUAUUUCGGAGGAAUUGAGCCCUGUCUACGGAAGGAGGUCUGGCCCUUCCUGCUGGGCCACUACCAGUUUGGGAUGUCUGAGAACGAGAGGAAGGAGGUAGACGAGCAGAUACGAGCGUGCUACGAGAAGACGAUGAGCGAGUGGUUGGGCUGCGAGGCCAUCGUGCGGCAGCGGGAAAAAGAGCAGCACGCCGUGGCCUUGGCCAAGUGCUCGUCUAUGGCCAGCAUGGACAGCAGCAAUCCAGUGGUGGUGCACCGUGACUCGUCCAACAGCAACGAGUCGUCUCAGAGCUGCAGUUCAGAGAGGCACAGAGCUCUCCUGCAGAGUGACUCCAGCAGCAGCACACAGGUGUUCGAGUCCGUGGAUGAGGUCGAACAGAUUGAUGCCGAACCCAAAGGUGACGAAGUCAAAUUCCUCCCCAAAGUCUCCAACAGCUCAGACUCGGGUCACACCUCUUCCAGAAACUUCUCCAUCACCUCAGGACUGUCGGACUCCCUCAGCACAGAAGACAGCGGCGCACAGGAGAUGAGCACCAAAACAUCCACCCAGGGUAGCAUCAUGGAGAAGAAAGAUGAAACCAAAAAAGCCAAAGGUUCCGAUGUGGAAGUGCUUGUUCCGAGAAGCUCAAAUGCAGAGAAGAUGGGGGAAACUGUCGUAGGGCAUGCAGGAGAUGAGAACGAAAAGGCAGAAAUGGAAGACGUGGAUACUGUGGAACAAAAGGUGUGUGAGAAGAAAAAUGAGGUGAAGGGAGUAGAGCACUCAGAAGCUGGAGAAGGUAUUGAAGGUAUCAUGAUAAAGGACAUGGAAGUAGAGAACAAAAGAAGAAAGCCAGAGGAGGAGAUGUCUGGAAUACUGGGUUCUGUUUCAAAAAGGGAAGAGUGUGUUGUAGGAGAGAAAAGGGAAAUCUGUGAGGCUGGAUCCAGUCCAGGAGGGUUAAAGACAACAGAGAGCGAGACAUUAAAUUCUCCUCCCAUAAAGAACGAUGAAGCCGAGCCAACUGAGAAUCAAACUGAUUCAAGACCAACAGCGAGUGAAGCUCAGGGAGCAAGAAAAGAGUCAACAGCUGAGGCUCAGCGUCCAAGUCAGGUGAAGGAGAAAGGUCAGGUGGAGACAGUUAGGAAGAAGGUCACAAUGCUGAGUGCUCCUGUGGUAAAAGAGAUCGUGGUGCCUGUUGUGUUUGAAGCCUUCAGCAUGCGUGAAAUGAGCAAAGAGACGCCCGUCACCGACUCAGACGAGUCACCCUCAGCCAUCGAGAUGGAGGAGAUCCCUAUGGCCCGGCUGGUGGGCAUAGAGGAAGGCAGCGAGGCGCUCCUGCCUGAAAUGAAGACUCUUUACUCUCAGUUUGAUUCACGUGCUGUGGCUAAUGAGAAGAACAUCACCACUUCACCAGUUCCCUCCACAGGAGCAGCUUACACGCAGGAGCUCUUGGACUUGUACACUCUGAACCUGCAUCGGAUUGACAAGGACGUACAAAGGUGCGACAGGAACUACUGGUACUUCACCCCGGCUAACCUGGAGAAACUGCGCAACAUCAUGUGCAGUUACAUCUGGCAGCAUCUAGAGAUCGGCUACGUUCAGGGGAUGUGUGACCUGCUGGCUCCUCUGCUGGUCAUUCUCGAUGACGAGGCUCUGGCUUUUAGCUGUUUCACCGAACUGAUGAAGAGAAUGAAUCAGAACUUUCCUCAUGGUGGUGCGAUGGACACUCACUUCGCCAACAUGAGAUCCCUCAUCCAGAUCCUGGACUCUGAGCUCUUUGAGCUGAUGCACCAGAACGGUGACUACACCCACUUCUACUUCUGCUACCGCUGGUUCCUCCUGGACUUUAAACGAGAGCUGGUGUAUGAUGACGUGUUUGCAGUGUGGGAGAGCAUUUGGGCAGCUAAGCAUGUCUCCUCGAGCCAGUUUGUCCUCUUUAUUGCGCUUGCCCUUGUCGAGAUCUACAGAGACAUCAUCCUGGAGAACAACAUGGACUUCACUGACAUCAUCAAAUUUUUCAAUGAAAUGGCUGAACAUCAUAACGUGAAGCAAAUCCUGGAGCUGGCUCGAGAGCUUGUUUGCAAGGUGCAGAUGCUCAUCGAAAACAAGUAACCCAGAGCGGACGCCCUUCUGUGCCAAGACAUCCCAUUAGUGUUUGCUGCAUUAAACCCGACAAGAUACGGCCAAGAUGACCUUCCUGGUCCAAGUCAUUUAGCUCUCAAAUAACUGUCAUGACAUUUAUAAGUAGAGGCUGCUAGUACAUUCGUCCAUCAUUAGCAAACGCUUUAUCCUGGUCCAGGUCAGAAGAUGUGGAGUCUGUCCCAGGAACACUAGGGGAGUCACCCAGGAUGGUACACCAGUUCAUCACAGGGCACCAUACACACACAUUCACGCCUAGGGGGCAAUUUAGCGUAGUCUGUGCACACACGGAGGAAACCAGAGAACCCAAAGCCAUGUGGCCACUGGGAGAACAUGAGAAACUCCACACACACAGAGCUCAGGAUCAAACCAAGGACCCUGAAGCUGUGAAGCAGCACCACUGGUGUCUUUUACAUUCCGAAGUAUAACUCGAGUGGAAGUGAGAGGUCAUGGGUAGCACCAGCUAGUAAAAUACUGACACUUCCAGACCUCGGUUAUACUUCACCUAUCACACAUUCCAAGGCAGUCAAGCUUUCAGCCUCUUCGGCUCAGUUUGCUUCCUUCCACAGCUGCACGUCUGUUGCUAACUUUCACAUCUGUGUAUCUUCAGUAACAUGGUAUUAUGUUAAUGUUGGUGUAGGUUGGUGCGUCGUCGAGGUUUGGUCUGAUUUUCAGUUUUUGGAUGAGUAGAAGCUGAGCAGCUCUGACUUUAACGCUCUCUCAACAUUGUGUUCGAGAAACGUCUUUUCAUUCAGAUCUCCUUCGAGCCACCAGAUCAGUACUUUUCAUUCAGUAGUGAUGAUCAGUGUUGCGUCUUAUUCCAUGCAGGUCUGUGUGUAUUGUUGUGAAGCAUCUUUCCAGAUCUUUCCACACUCAUGGUAUCGAACACACUGCAGCAGGUAUUUCAUCUGUUUGAUAAUGUUCAGUGUCACCGCAAGGCAUAAGUUGUCUACAGCACCUUGCAAAAGUAUUCACCCCCUUGAACUUUUCUGCAUUUGUAAUGUUAUAACUAGGAACUGAAAUGGACUUGUAAUUGCAAAUGUAUCCGCCCCUGUUGUGAAAUGCGAAACCCGUAAAUUAGUUCCGGUGCCACUUUUUUAUUUGAAAAGUCGACUUGUGUGCCAGUGAAGUGAAAGUAUCAUGUGAUCUUAAAUAUAAAUACACCUGCUCCUGGAGGAACCCAGAGUUUGUUGGAGAACAUCUCAUCUCGUUAUCUGUAGCCACUUUAUCCUGUUCUACAGGGUCGCAGGCAAGCUGGAGCCUAUCCCAGCUGACUACGGGCGAAAGGCAGGAUACACCCUGGACAAGUCGCCAGGUCAUCACAGGGCUGACACAUAGACACAGACAACCAUUCACACACUCAUUCACACCUACGGUCAAUUUAGAGUCACCAGUUAACCUAACCUGCAUGUCUUUGGACUGUGGGGGAAACCGGAGGAAACCCAUGGGGACACGGGGAGAACAUGCAAACUCCACACAGAAAGGCCCUCGCCAGCCACGGGGCUCGAACCCGGACUUUCUUGCUGUGAGGCGACAGCGCUAACCACUACACCACCGUGCCGCCCCUGUUGGAGAACAUAUCUAAAGAAAAAGCAUCAUAAAAUAUCCAAACAUGUCUGAGACUAAGGUCAUAAAAAUAUCCCAAAUUUUGUACAUCCUGUGAAGAGACAUUAAAUCUAUUCUUAACUGCAAUGCAUCAUAGAUGCAACUAUUAAAGAGGGGAUUCAUCAGGUAAGCAGCCAAGUAAAUCUGAACAUGAUGCUACCACAAUCGUGCUUCAUUGUUCUUCACUGUUCUCGUAUAUUUAUGAUCACUGGUACCAGUUUUUCAGACUGUAUUGAUUUUAUUUCCCCUCAAUUUUGUUAUUUUGUGUUGGUCCAUGAUCUAUAAUCCACAUUAAAUCCAUUUCAGUUUCAUGCUGUAACACUACAGAGUGUGCGUGAAUCCUUAUCCAAGGCCCUGUAUGAGGACUUUCAUGGUUUUCACUUUAGUGUUACUGUAACCAAAAAGCUUAUUUGUGCAUAAGGAAAAAAAAAAUCUAUAUUCUUUAUUUAUUAUAUAAGAGAUAUUAAUAUAUAUGAUGAACAAUGAUAUUAGAGAUUGUAGGGUUUUUCUGAAUGGAGAUAUACUAAAGCAGAGAAACUAUAUUGAACAGUCCUGGUAUUUAUUUUUGCAUUCUGAAGUAACUUAGCGUUUACUGUGUGGCCUUAACUGUUUCUGCUCGUCUCCGUGCUCCACUGGUGCUGUUUGAGUCCAAGUUUAGGACAACAGUCGCACUUCUGCCCUCUGCCUUUUAUCACUUCAGGACCUGGAUUAUAAGGAAAUGCCUGUCAGGGUCAUAUUUGGGGAAAAUCCGUAUCCAUUAUGCCAGGAGGGGCAUCUAGCUAGAUAGUUGACUCGUGACAAACUACCAAAGUACUUUUUAGUGAUAUUAUUGCUCACUGUGCAGCAAAUGUUACCUAACUGAAAUGUUUUAGUCAUUUUCACCAGAAAAUGUUGAGCAGGGAAUGUGCAGUGUAGCUGUUUUGUGGCCAGGUCUAUGGAACUGAAUGAAAUCCAAACUCAAAUCUGAUGUAUUAUUUUUCACGAGUGGACUUUGCCCAAUGUAUUUCAUCAGCGCUUAUUUUAUGCGGUGUAUUCACCUGAAGAUUCUGCUUCUCUAUGAACCUGGCACUUUCUCAUUGUUGCUUUGAAUAUUGAUGUAAAGUGUGUGAAACUAGCUGCUUGAUGAUAGCAAAAAAAAAAAAAGUAUUAUUUGUAUGUGCUGCUUUGAGUUGUUUAUUUAUUUAUAUCUCAAUGCAUUCAUUUUGUCUUGGCUUUUGUAUGUAAAAC